AACUCUCCCUCGACCAACCCGCGUACCUUUGGUGUAUCCCAUCACUUCGCCUCCGUCAUUUCUCUUUGUAUCUCAGCAGACGGUUCAACACUCGUCUGUUGUAGAAUUCAUCUUGAAUAAAUAAAGCCACACGGUACAAGCACAUCCAUCCAUUCUCGGGCGGUCCUCCUCUGUCGACGUCAUCGCUUCCACUCCAUCUAAAACGAGGUUUAAUACCACUCCCAUCGAUUACAAUCUUUAUUAAUACCCGUAAUUUCUUCUCUCGAGUUCCAGAAACAACACAUCGACUUGCUGCUCAAGCUGUGGAGUCUCUAAAUUGCACGUCCUGUUUUACCACUGGUUGGACUGGUCUGAAGCUCGCUGUACCGAAAUCGUUGGGAACGCUAUAUGCCCCCACACGCAAAAGCCACGAAAGUCCCUUUACUCAUUUACCAACGGAGGCCCUCGUCGUGAUUUACACUUUUCAUCUCGAUUGAUCUCUCACAGAGCUCUAGUUCACUUCAACAUCCGCGAACUAGCGCAAUGGAAACCGCAUCGGGUGUCUCGAAGGGCGAAGGGGACUUGCGACAGCGCGCGUCAAAGCACGCUGAAGGCGUUUCCUCGGAAGCUGGAGUUGCAAGAGACCCGUCACGCGACAAUGAGUUGAAAAACAACGGAUCGAUAAAAAAGACCUAUGGAAGAACGCCAGAUGGAACAGUCUUUGUUGUGCCCACGACCCAUGACAUGGUAUCGCAGCUCCUCGAUCCGCGUCAACCGAAAAAUCUUUCAGAUGGUAUUGUCCUGGCCAUACUCGCCUGCCACAUUCUCGCAGCCAUAUACUUGCCAUCGCAAUAUAAGCGCCCCGUGUUUGGGUUGAUUUUCAUCUUCUGGCGAGCCUGCUACAAUGUUGGUAUUGGUGUGCUUUUACACGUCCAAUCCAACUACAGCCGAAUGGUAACUUGGGCUGUCCGUUCCAAGGUGUUCGAAAAUCCUAAAGAUGGGAAAACCCCACGUCCAUGGCUAUACAAGCUGCUCAAGAAGGAGUUGGAGGCCAAAAUCCCUGAAGACUACGACUUUGAGAAGGCUCCCAUUGAGUACAACACAUGGCUUGUUUUCCGUCGCGUGGUUGAUCUUAUCCUCAUGUGCGACUUUACCUCAUACUGUCUCUUUGCCAUAGUAUGCGGUCAUGUACCCGAAGGAGAGCACCCCUUGCUUGGUGUCGCACGAUGGAUCGUCGGUAUCGUCCUAAUCGGGUUCAACCUUUGGGUGAAGCUCGAUGCCCACCGUGUGGUGAAAGACUUUGCUUGGUACUGGGGUGACUUUUUCUACCUUAUUGAUCAAGACCUCACCUUUGACGGCGUCUUUGAGAUGGCUCCGCAUCCCAUGUAUUCCAUCGGUUACGCCGGCUACUACGGUAUUUCUAUGAUGGCUGCUAGCUACGAGGUCCUCUUCAUCUCCAUUGCUGCACACAUGGCUCAAUUCGCGUUUCUUGUCGCCGUCGAAAAUCCUCAUAUUGAGAAGACGUACAACCCUCCUCCUGCACGACCAGCUGAGAUACGACCUGAUAUUGACGUUGCUCUGAUCAAGGAAUCUCAAGCAACCACCGGUGAUAAGACACCUUCUAGCGCCUCCAACAGUUCACCGGUGGCCGUUCAUGACAUGGUUGGCUUCAGCAACAUGGAUCUAUUCCGUGUACCUGACUGUGCAGUGGUUCUUCUACCCCUAUACAUCGCGGCUCUAACCUUUGUGACCCCAACAACACCACUCUGGCAAGCCACUUUCGUUAUCCACGCUGCGCUUUGGAGAUUGUGGUACCAUCUUGGACUUGGCCUUAUUUUAGACAGGCAAUCGAAAACAAAGAUGUGGACACGCCAUUUCCUCAAAUUCGGCGAAUCUGCUGGCGAAGCCUUUAGGCAAUGGAAAGGCAUGUACCAUAUGAGCAUGAUCAUGUGCAAUGCCUCAUUCAUCGCAGCUUGCUGGAAAAUAUACUCCUUCCCAACGGACUGGGGAUAUGGCCUUGUCCUUCUCAAGCACAUUCUUGGCGCUGGAUUAGUUGCCUUACAACUUUGGACAGCCUUCAGCGUCUAUGAAUCCCUCGGUGAAUUCGGCUGGUUCUGCGGAGAUUACUUCUUUGAUCAGAAAGCUAAGCUUACCUACACUUCCAUUUACCGCUUUGUCAACAACCCGGAACGCAUCUUUGGUACAGCUGGAGUUUGGGGCGCUGCUCUCAUCACCUGGAGUAGAUCAAUUUUCAUCAUGGCCCUCCUUACCCAGAUGAUGACGAUUUACUUCUUGGCCUACGUCGAGCGCCCUCACAUGCAGAAGAUCUAUGGACGAGGACUAAGAGAGGAAGCCGGGUUGACCAAGUUCAUCAAGCGCUCAUUGCCACCACCCGUAAAGACGCUCCAAGAAAGCAUGGACAAGGUUAUUGACGAUACCACUCAGUUUGUGGAAGACUUUAUCGAUACUGCUCGGCCGAAAUUUACAUCUGGUGUCAAAACCAUUGUCCGCGAUACGUCAGCAUUGUUCAAUGUGGCACCUGCCAGACUGACUCUCACUCAAAUCCCACCUGAUCUUGCUGGAUUAUCGCCCAAGAGCUACUCUAUCACGGUGGACGGCACACCUGCGCCCCAAAACUCGAGUGCUCAGUACGCAACAGGCAAGGAGUCCCUACCCGGCCGAUUUCCCAAAGCUGUUAAGACUAUGGUGUACGAAUAUGGAUCACCGCUGAGGGUUAAAUGGACUGCACCUGCAAACCACCACAAAAAGGACUGGAUUGGUCUGUACAUGGUAACUGACAACCGCUCCAGAGAUGUGACAGAGGUUCCAUCCUCAGGCAGAUGGGUAGCCACAGUCUCUGGAAGCUACGAUAUUCCGAGUGCGAACCAGGGUAUCGUCGUGGCUGAGCACCAGCUCUCCGAGCCGAGUGAGGACGGGAGUGCCCUUCUGGAGGGUGAAGUCGUUUUCAGCGGUGACAAGCUCUGGUGGACGCAAGGCAUAUUUGAAUUCCGCUACCAUCACAAUAACCGACACCAUGUUAUGGCAAUCUCCGAGCCGUUUGAAAUUCGCAUCGGUCAGUUUGACGAAGAAGAUGUCAGCAUCGAUAGCAAAGGCAUGUACGCCAAAGCUGUGGAGUCUGCCAUCUUGCCCAUGGUUCAGAAUUGUCUUGACAGAGAUCCCAAUAUCGCACCAAAAGACAUUGACCAGGCUUUUGGGGCGCACGUUGAGCGUGACAGCAAAUACGCUAAGAGAGUUGUUUACGCUAUCCGUGAGAUGUUUGGCAUUGAAUUCGCACCAGCUGUUGUGUUGGCAGACGGCAACGUCCGAAAGCUGGCUUGGAGAAUUUGCAAUGCCAAAGAAGUCCUUGCUCCCUAUAGUAUGUCUGUAUCGAAAGGCACCAAUACCCCGACAAACCAGCCUUUUGCCAAGGAUUAAAAUAUACGCCGCCGGGCACUAGAAAAGCAUGUGCUUAGAAUAUAGACUUUUUCAAGAGAUACCAAAUGCCAAAAUCUUUCACAAUUCGACAU